AUGAGCGCUCCCCAAAUCACCUUUUAUUUUGACAUUAACAGUCCAUUCAGCUACAUCGCAUUUCAUGUUCUAAAGAGCUCCCCCGUCUUCUCAAAGUGCGAGAUUCAAUACGUUCCGGUUUCUAUCAGAGAUAUCUUCCAACUCUGCCAGAACCCACCACCUGCAAUCAAUAACAAACUUCCAUGGAUUGAUCGUGAGCGCUUGUACUGGGCUCGUCGAUUCGGACUCCCCAUGUCACAGCCCAUCCCUAACGGAUUCCCCGCAUCAACCGUUCACCUCCAGACGGCCCUCGCUUUGGUUGCCCGGCACUCACCCGAGAAACUUGUUCCAAUCGCGGAGAAACUUUACCACACUUUUUGGGCAAAGGGUGAUACCAGUAUCAUCCAUCCAGAGAUGUUCUCAUCUGCCUUCGAAAGCGAGCUCGACGGCGAGGUUGCGAAAAAGAUCCUGCGCGAGUCGUCUGAUCCCGAGGCCAAAGUUAUCUUGUGUGAAAAUACGCGGAGGGCUUUUGCCUCUGGCGCAUUUGGUCUUCCAUGGUUUGUCUGCACCAACGCCGAAGGGGACACGGAGGGACACUGGGGGGUCGACCACCUCGGUUGUGUGGCCAACUUUCUACGCUUGGACAGAAACGUGGAUCCGUCAUUCAAGGUGUUACUGUAGAUAGGAAUGCGAUUGAUUACUAGAUAGUUUAGUAGUGUUGAUGAGAUUCAGCCUGUUUACUUCCCGUCUAUGCUCGGCUGCUGUCUGUGGGAUAUCCAGUGCCGGACCGGGUUUGAUGUGUGUUCAGGGGAGAAAAUUGGCUGUAGCACCUAGUUUUACUAGGGAACUCGGC